AUGACGUCAGUAUCUACCCCUUUCAUAGCCACCACAGAUGACGUCACUCCUACGACUUGGAAUCUCGUCAGUUCCACGCCAAAACCCGGGAAAGAUCUCCCCGUCCUACCAGUAGUAAUGAUGCUCUUGUUUGGCGGAACCGGAAAUAUUCUAGCUUUGGUUCUUCUCAUUUGCACGUCACGAAAACACAAAUGGCGGACAUUUUACCGGCUCGUGUUGGCCCUCGCAGUCUCGGAUUUUAUAGGCCUCGUUGGCCCACUUCCGGUUUCCAUUACCGCUUAUGUCAAUAACAAGAAAUGGAUGGGAGGGCAAGCGGUGUGUGACUUGAUGUCGUUUUUCUUUAUAUUUGCUGGAAUGACAUCGGCGAUGCUUGCAGCAGCAAUGUCCUUAGACCGUUUUCUGGCUGUGUGGUUCCCAUUUUUCUACACUAAUGUGUUAGGUAAACGUCGUGUUAACAUCACAAUGGCAGGGAUAUGUACUUUUGCAUUCAUCUUGGCUUGCCUACCUUUAAUGGGUAUAAACGAGAAUGUCCAUCAGUUUCCUGGAACUUGGUGUUUCUUUAAUCAGUUUGCUACAGACGCCGGUGGUAAGCUGUUUUCUUACCUUUAUGCCUCUCUCGGGAUGGGUAUGGUCGGGAUGAUGGUGGUCCUAAAUACAUUGGUCAUUGUAGUGCUGAUCAGACGGAGGCUCCUAAAAACUAACCAUGAAGGUCGGGCGACCUCAGAGUCACGGCGAGCUGGUGACGUGUUCAACGUGGUGUUCCUAGUGGUGCUCAUGAUGGUGUUUACUAUCUGCUGGCUUCCGUUAAUGGUACGAAUAUUAAUCAACCAAUCAGCGCUCGGCGAUAUCGACCGUUUAAGUGACCUGAUGGUCAUGAGGCUGGCUCUGGCAAAUCAAAUCAUUGAUCCCUGGAUAUAUUUAAUUCUUCGGAAAGACUCCAUAACUACGGUUAUCAAAAUAGGAAAACGUGCUCUUAACAAGGGAGGUUUUCUAAAACGGAAGUAUCCAGAAAACGUCCGAACCGGAUCUGGUAAAACUUGCUCGACCGCGACGAGUACAGCUGGAGAUCGUACAUCGGAGAGUCGUACCUCGGAUGAAGAAUCGGAAAUGGAGGUUGAGGUACAUGCGCGGUGUGGACACGAACUCUCCCAUGUUUAG